CAGAUAUAGAGUGGAAAAUAUUUUUGUAUAUGUAUGUCCACGUUUAUAGCUUCAACGAAAGGUGGAAAACCGGUUGGGAUUAGUCGGCUGGCGAUCGUUGAAAUAUAAACACCAUGGCUGGAUUCCAGCUUCGAUUCUUGGGGAUCCUAAGUGUUUUUUUCUUGAUAUCUCUGGUUGUGGCUAAUGAUGGAUCAGAUGGAUUUUAUACAGCUGGUGUGGCGGAAUUUCGACCAGAGAUAAUGGGUGGUUCUUCACAACAACUGUUGGAAAGGAAUCUGGCUGGUUAUCUGGAGCUCAUAGCCUCGGCCAAUGGCACUACGGAUAUUAUCGUCUUCCCGGAGGCCGCCUUAAAUAGUGUGGUCACCUUGACGGCGGUGCCGGAAUCUACAAAACUGAGUUUAUGUGAAGAACAGCCUGAUGAUGAUCCGGAAAUAGCUCCUUUUCUACGACAACUAGCCUGUGCCGCCAGAGAACAUAACACCUAUCUGGUGGUCAAUGUCAAGGAACGGGCUCCAGAGAAUUGUCCUUCGGAUGUUAGCUGUACCAAUCUUGGCUAUGUGGUCCAUAACACCAACGUAGUCUUCGAUCGACAAGGAGCGGUAAUCUCGCGCUAUAGAAAGUGGAAUCUUUACCUGGAACCGUCGACUGACCGAACUGAAGAACCGGAACUGGCCACCUUUCAAACCGAUUUUAAUGCCACCUUUGGUCAUUUCAUCUGCUUCGAUAUGCUCUUCUAUACCCCGGCUCAGGAUUUGGUGGAGGGAUUGGGCAUUCGGAAUGUGAUUGUUACCAAAAUGUUCAACUCGGAGCUGCCCUUUCUCACAGCCUCCCAGUUCCAGCAGGGUUGGGCCUGGUCCAACCGGGUGAAUCUCCUGGCUUCCGGAGGAUCCUUUCCGCAGGGUGGAAUAAGUGGCAGUGGCAUUUAUGCGGGUCAACACGGCGCCUUGGCUCGACUUAUGAUGACGGAGGAGACGGUGGGUCAGAGGAGGUUGCUCCUGGCUAAGGUCCCCCUAAAUCCCGAGCAGGACAUGGAUGCUUCGGAUGAGAUUUUGGAAACGGAAGACCCUACUCCUAUCAAACUAAAAUUACUGCAGCAACCAGAACUAAAGAAGUUUACCACCUGGGAGCUGCCCAUGAUUAAGGGAAGUUCCGUGGAGAAGAGGAUCUGCCAGGAGGAUUUGUGCUGUGAGUUCCGGAUCAGUUGGUCGCCAGUGGGAACAAAACCCGGAUAUAGCUACCGUUUGGGGGUUUGGGUGGGUGAAAGGCGGUACGAGGAGGAGCAGUACAGUGCCAUCCGGCUAUGUGGUCUGUUUACCUGUAGCAGUUCCGAUGUGGAAAGUUGCGGUCUAAUCAGCGAGGAGCAGCGGGAACUGGGACUUCUGGCGGAGAAUCAAGUGGUCUUUACCGAAUUGCAGAUCCUGGGGGAGUUUGUCCGCAGACCUCGACGUCUCAUUACGCCCAGCACACUCAGUUCCUCACAUCUGUAUGCCCUGCAACCCUCUCAAUUAGCCUGGUCCAUGGAGGAAUUGGAUAAUCUCACCCAGAUUAAGAUGGAACUGCGACAACCUCAUAGCCAGCUAAUGACCUUCGCCAUAUACGGCAACUAUUUCGAUGAAUAUGCGAAUGAUGGAGCCACCACAAUGGAGGGCAGUAGAAUGGGAACCCUGCUGUUUCUGCUAAUCACGCUCCUAAUGAUGAUGCAUCUCAUCUGGGAGUAGGUCAAUCCAUAUUGCUCACUUAUCCAGGUAUAGAACAUAUCCACGUGGGAAAUAUUCAGGAUGCUUCUAACUCAUGUUAAAUGUUGUACCAACUUGUUCAUUUUUAGGGAUAAACCAUGUUAUAACUCGAUCAAAAAUAGCUUUAAUAAUUCAAAAAUGUAAACUGUUUUUUUUCAAUAUAAAACUUUGUGUGAUAGAUAAUAUUCCAAAAUAAUAUUGAGAACUUGCGAAUUAUAUUCACAUUUAUUACCCAAAAGCAAUUAAAAUGAAAAUAAUGAGUCAAGCACCACGUAAUUAAUAGUAAGUGCUUGCAAAACUAUUUAGUUUGAACAAGUCUAUUAAGUGCCAGUCAUUUUUCACAAAUUCUCCUUAAUGUGCGGUCAUAAAUCAGAAAAAAGGUGCAUCAAAAUGUUGAUUUAUUCGCGGGGCUGUCAAAACGAUUUGGUUCUUUUUGUCGGCUGGCAACUCAUUAAAAUCAAUGCGUGCAUGCAUUAGUAUGUGUGCGCAUUUGGAUGGGUGUGUGUGUUUUUGGUGUGUGUGCGUGUGUGUGUGUGUGCAUUUGCUGUGGGCUGCACUUUAUAUUUGCCGUUGUUUGUGUAGUUGCCCUUAAGCUGGCACAUUGUAAUUAAGUGUCGCUCAAACAGACACACACUG